UUUAUUGGCAAGAAAAUACAAAAAGUAUUGUUUUGGGAUACAAACAAAUUUUUGAAUAUCGAUAAUUCCACGUUCGUUGCUGCUAAAAAUCAUCAUAUUGAGGAGUGAAAUAACAUGUGAAAAAUUUUCAAGCAGUAUGCUUUUUAAAAUACAAAAACGAUUAGAAGCGAUUUUGUUGAAGGGUUAUAAGGAAUUCGACAGUAACAAGAAGGAUGUCACAGAACUUGAAGAACGGAGCAUGGCUGCAAGGCUGAUCUGCAGCCUUUACGUUAGAUAUUUCUAUUUAUCAGAAUACAAGGAUUUUAAUGAAUUUGACAUGUUCAAACUCAUUCGUCGUUCCUCAAUAUGUUUCUUCAUUAUUUUUAUUAUGUUGAUUAUUGUCCUUUAUGGAUAUAUCAGAUUCCUCAUUGAAGCACACAAAGAUGAUGAAUUGAAAUCACUUGUCUUGAUGGCUUUCUUCAAUAUGACCGCACUACCUCUUCCUUUAAUUCUAAUGAUAAUUUAUGUGAUUAUAUAUCGAAAUUUGUUCGAACUGACAAAUAAGUAUAUGAAUACUUGCAAAGGAAUAGGAUCUGAAGAUAUCAAGAAAUUAUAUAGAAAACUUACACUACGGAGAAGGUUUGCAGAAAUUUUACUACGUGUUUUUGUAUGUAUUAGUCUUCUUCAUCAUUAUGUAAAUCGUUCCAACUGUUGGGAGAAUAAAGACCGACGUAUAGUAUGUGGUAUAUGUAUGCCAUUGUGGUAUCCCAUCGAAACAAACUACUUUCCAGGUAGAUUUAAUUAUAUUUAAUUUUUGAGCGCUCGUUCACGGAAGAGAAAUGAAUCGCCACUUUUCCACCAUUUUUGUUUUUCUUUUUUAGGCUAAGUACUUAUCAGACCAUCCUUCUAGGUCCAGAAGUGGAUAGUGAAUGAAUACUGGUAGAGAAUGAACACGAAGAGACUAUGCUAUUUUUUAUCAUUUGUGUUCAGUAGGUUAUGCCAUUUAGUCAACGUUCACCAAUUAUUUUCUUUUUUUGUAGUUUAAGAAAAUUACAUGGACGACUUUAUUCAGUUAAUGACUCACUAUUCGUCGUAUUGUACAAAAAUUUAGAGUCUUACAAGUACUCAGUGGAAUAAUAUACAGUGUUGCCAUUAUCACCAUUUUAAAUUGUAUGAUUUCUAUUGAAAGCCCGUUAUAAUCAUAAUUCGAAGAUCGAUACAAAAUUUCAUGUUCAUCGUGUCAUCAGAAAAGAAAAAAUUCGGGCUGAAUAUAAAAAUUCCCAUGACAACAGAUUGAAAUUCUCAAGUGAAUGACGAUGCUUCAAAGCUAAAUUCAAAAUUUCUUGUUGAUUACUUCACAAGAACCAUAUGAUAAAUGAACGAGCGCUCAAAAGCUCCUGACACCAAGUUAGAUUUGCAUCAUUUUUCUUUGAUGAUUUUGGGUAACUCUAUUUCGUUUGUUUCAGUUAGAGAGCUUAUUGUUCUGUAUACAGUAUUAUUUUUUGACUAUUACAUUAUACUUAUUAUCACUGUUCCAUUUGAUACCUACUUUUUUGGUGAACUCUACGAGUACAAGGUGCAGCAGCUUAUUAAGUUAAUGCGCCAGACUUCUUUAAGAAGAGAACAGAACAUCGAUAAUAAGAGAAGACAGUUGAGGAAAAUAAUCAUUCAUCAUCAGGAAAUAAUUGAGUAAUUCAUUUUGAUUUUGGUUCUUAUGUACAAUUGAUAUUACAUGUGAAACAAAGGCAUUAAGAGGAAAUACCACCAUGUGAGUUGUGACUGCUAAGUUCAAAAUGAAAUUAGAAAUUUUUCCUCUUAAAACCAACGAUUUUUAUAGAGUUUUCACAGAAUUUCUUUAGACAAUAAUCUACAUUGAAGAAUUGUAAUAUUUUUUAUUUGCGAACAAUAUCAUAUUCCGAAUUUUCAGAUUUCAAAUAGGAAUCGUUCUCCAGAAACGUCAAAUAGGCAGUCGAACUUGACACACUCUGUAUAAAGUUUGAUCGCAAAUGAGUAUUCCGAGACAUGGGUUGUGAGAUUUUUCCUUAAAAACUGAUUGGAAUGUAAAAAUCGAAU